AUGACCAGAAAAAAUACGAUAAAAUUUUCGUACGAUAGUGACGAUGCCAUGGAAAGCUGCGGUUAUCUGAAGUUCACCGACGAUAACAUGAAGUCGAACUUUUUGCAGAGUCUUAGCACGAUGCGCAAAAAUCGUCUGUUCUGUGACGUGGUUUUGCUGGUGGAAAACACGGAAAUUCAUGCGCAUCGGAAUGUGCUGGCUUGUGUGUCGCCACAGCUGAUGGAACUGUUCAGCACGGAUGCGGGUACACUGAACGGUGGACCAACCGCUGCCAGUGACGCCAAGCUGCCCUGCUUUCGGCUGAACGGACAGAUCACCAAGCACGGUCUGAUGUAUCUGGUCGAGUAUGCCUACACCGGAUCAUUGGAAGUGCCCGAUGAGAUGAUCCGCGAUGUCUAUCUCGCUGCCUGGCAGCUGAAGAUCGAUAGUGUGGUGAAGGAGUGCGCCCGUCAUCUUGUGAGCGAGCUGGAGCCGGACAUCUGCAUCGAGACCCGUUCGCUGCCGGGCAUAGAGCGUAACCAGCGCUUCGUGCAGGAAGUGGAUGCGUACAUCUCGAAAAACUUUCAUCUCGUGUCGGAAACGGCUGGCUUCCUACAGCUGCCCUGCGUCCUGAUCGAGGUGCUGUACCAAACGCGCCAGGAGAUGUCGCUGGUGGCGGAAUGUUCCCUCGGUCGGCUUGUUAUCGAUUGGAUUCGUCGGCAAAUGAUGGAGGAUGAAAUAUCGGUGUCAUCUCUGCUGGAACGCUCCCAUAUGCUGUACUUGGCGCUGGACAACUCGCUGCAGGAUUGUGCCGAUCUGCCACCGGGACAGGAAUCGGAGAGCGAUUUGGUACAGGAUUACAAGCGGCUAGUGCUAAAGUGUCCAAGCAAUAAGAAACAUCGCAAAGCGCUGAAAACUCCAGGCCGGCCACGGAUGAUACUGUACAGUCGUGACAUCGGUGAUCGCAGCGAGGCUACAGAUGCGGCCGCGACCGAAAUGGAUUGGAGUUUGGUUGGCUGCAGUAAGCUUUCCGACCACUCAUACGUUGCGCUUGUUACGCUAAAUGGCAACCUGGCCCGACUUUCCAUUCAGCUACGGUUGAAUAUUCCCACGACACCGUCACCAAUCAAUACGCCGGAUGUGAUGAGUACCAGUGUGAGCCGGGAUGAAGAUCUGGACGAGUGCCAACAGCCGGAACUGUUUUGCGAGGUAGCAACCAUGUCCGGGCCGAAAUGUGGUCUCGGUGUAGCCGAGCUCGAGGGAAAGCUGCUCGUUUGCGGUGGAUACGAUCGGGCCGAAUGUCUACGGUCGGUAGAAUCCUACUGUCCGGAAACGAACUGCUGGACACAGCAGUCGAACAUGGGCGAGGCACGUGGACGCGUACAGAUCGCGGUUAUCGAUGGCACGGUGUACGCAGUCGGCGGUUGUAACGGAACGACGGAGCUUGAUUCGGUCGAGUAUCUUUCGAAGGCGGAACGAAAGUGGAAGAAGAUGUGUAAACUACCUCUCGCUCGGAGCAAUGCAGGCGUGUGUGCGUUGAAUGGUAAAAUCUAUUGCAUCGGUGGCUGGAACGGACAGAGCGGUAUCAAGCAGUGCGAUGUGCUGAAACCGGACGAAAAUCGCUGGUUCUCGGUUGCCCCGUUGCAUACGGGACGGUAUCAGGCUGGCGUUACGGCAUACGGUGGCAAGCUGUGGGUGGUCGGUGGAAGUGAUGCUUGGAAUUGCCUCGGUUCGGUGGAGAUGUACGAUGUGGAAGCAAAUCAAUGGACGCUGGGACCUUCGCUUUCAACGGCUAGACGUGGUUGUGGAUUGGCCGAGUACAAUGGCAAACUGUACGCCGUUGGUGGUAGUGAUGGUACACAUUCGCUCAAUACGACCGAGUGCUACGACGAAGAGAGCAAAUGUUGGGUCGCCGGACCCAACCUAACUUCCCCUCGUUCUAACGUGUCUGUCGCGGUGGUUCAGAAUCGGUUGUACGCAAUCGGUGGGUUCUCCGGUAAGACGUUCCUCAGCACGGUUGAAUAUCUCGACGCAGCUACAAACGAAUGGACCACCUUCGUGCCACAAACGAGCGCCAACAUUGAUUCGCUGCUCGAGAACUCGCUGCGAGCAGCUUUGCAGAACGUGAGGUCCUCAUCGUCGACAUCCUCGUCACCGGAUCACCUGAGCGGUAACGGAGGUGCUAAUGAGAGCACCUUCAAACCGAUACACACUGCGCUAAAUAACGAAUACAACCGACAGCAGCAUUCGCCAAAGGCAACGGCAGGUGCAAAACAAGAUAUUCUGUUCACCUCGGUGCAGAAUAGCGCCAAAACGGCACUGCUAGAUGAUGAGCAGGACGACCAUGACAACGGGGACCUGAGCAAGAGCAAUACCGCGACCAAGACAGCCCAGGAGAACAGUAUUAGUCUGCUGCAGCAACUGGCGGCUAACAAGUGUACGGAGAUAGCGACCGCCGGCAAUCAUUCCAGCUAACCGACGCUGGCAGCCACCGAUUUGAGUGCGGUUUCGAUUGACACAAGU